CCCACAGUGUUGUGGGGACAUCCCUGGGGUCAGCAACCUGCCUGACGCCCCCCCGGGGAUCCCCAGUGACACGUGGCCACCACGGUCCCUGGGACCCUCAGUGACACCCAACCUGUGUGCCUGAGACCCUACAAUAACAUUAGUGACCCUACAAUAACACAUAGUCCCUGUGUGCCUGAGACCCUACAAUAACACACAGCCCCUGUAGCACCAGAGACCCUACAACAACAGUAGCGACCCUAUAAUAACAACAACACGCAGCCCCUGUAGUGCCUGAGACCCUACAAUAACAGUAGUGACCCUACAAUAACACACAGCUCCUAUAGCGCCUGAGACCCUACAAUAACAAUAGCAGCCCUACAAUAAUACACAGUCCCUGUGUGCCUGAGACCCUACAAUAACAGCAGUGACCCUACAAUAAUACAUAGCCCCUAUAGCGCCUGAGACUCUACAAUAACAAACAGCCUUGUAGCACCAGAGACCCUACAAUAACAGCAGCAACCCUGCAAUAACACACAGCUCCUAUAGUAUCCGAGUCUCUACCAUAACACACAGGCCCUGUAGUGCCUGAGACCCUACAAUAGCAGCAGUGACCCUACAAUAAUACAGCCCCGAUAGUGCCUAAGACUCUACAAUAACAAACAGCACUAUAGAGCCAGCGACCCUACAACACUAGCAACCCUACAAUAACACAUAAACCCUGUAGUGCCUGAGACCCUGCAAUAACACACAGGCCCUGUAAGUGCCUGAGACCCUGCAAUAACUUCAGCAACCCUACAAUAACACACAGCCCUUAUAGUGCCUGAAACCCUACAAUAACACACAGCCCCUAUAGCGCCUGAGACCCUACAAUAACAUACAGCCCUAUAGUGCCUGAGACCCUACAAUAACACACAGCCCUAUAGUGCCUGAGACCCUACAAUAACACACAGCCCCUAUAGUGCCUGAGACCCUACAAUAACACACAGCCUCUAUAGUGCCUGAGACCCUACAAUAACACACAGCCCUACAGUGCCUGAGACCCUACAGCAACAGUAGCAACCCUACAAUAAUACACAGCCACUAUAAUGUCUGAGACCCUACAGCAACACACAGCCCUAUAGUGCUUGAGACCCUACAAUAACACACAGCUUCUACAGUGCCUGAGACUCUACAAUAAUAGUAGCGACCCUACAAUAACACACAGCUCCUAUAGCGCCUGAGACCCUACAGCAACAGUAGCAGCCCUACAAUAACACACAGCACCUGUAGUGCCCCAGACCCUACAAUAAUACACAGCCCCUAUAGCGCCUGAGACCCUACAGCAACAGAAGCAACCCUACAAUAACACACAGCACCUAUAGUACCCCAGACCCCACACCACCAGUAGCGACCCUACAAUAACACACAACCCCACAGUGCUUGAGACGCUACAAUAACAGUAGCGACCCUACAACAACACGCAGCCCCUAUAGCGCCCCAGACCCCACACCACCACUAGCGACCCUACAAUAACACAUAGUCCGUAGCCCCCCAACUAACACCAUCGCCCUACAGCAACGCGCCGCCGUGCCCCCCCCUCCGCACCACCGCUACCCUACGAACCCUCGGGGGGUGCUCGGGGUGGGGGGUGCGGGGGGUGUCUCCGCCUCCUCCCGGGACACCCCUCCCCUUCAUCUGUCGUCACGGCGCCCCCGAUGACGUCACGCGGACGCCCGGUGCGGGGGGGUCGCAGUAAAGGCUGUGAGCGGCAGCGCUGGCUCCGUUGUCGUUGUCCCUGCACCACCCCCGUGUGUGCCCCCCCCCCCCACCGGGACCUCCCCCGUACCCCCGACGGGUGGCGGGAGGGGCGGGGGGGGCGGGGUUACCGGAGAGGGGCGGGGCUAUCGGAAAGGGGGCGGGGCCAUCGGGGCGGGUCCCGCCGGGGUCCCGGUAACGGCGCCGUCAUGGCGGGGGUGUUCGACAUCGACCUGGAGACCGAGGAGGGCAGCGACGGCGACGAGACGGAGAUGGGCGCCGAGAUGGAGCUGGAGCCCCGGGGAAACGGCCUGGAGCCAGUGGGUCACUACGAGGAGAUCGAGAUCUCGGAGAGCAGCGUCAACAACGGCCCCGAGCACAUCGGGCCCCACUGCUUUGAGCUGCUCCGUGUGCUGGGCAAGGGCGGCUACGGCAAGGUGUUCCAGGUCCGCAAAGUGCAGGGCACCAACACGGGGAAGAUCUUCGCCAUGAAGGUCCUGAAGAAGGCCAAGAUCGCCUGCAACGCCAAGGACACGGCGCACACGAGGGCCGAGAGGAACAUCCUGGAGGCCGUCAAGCAUCCCUUCAUCGUGGACCUCAUCUACGCCUUCCAGACGGGCGGCAAGCUCUACCUCAUCCUGGAGUGCCUCAGCGGUGGAGAGCUCUUCAUGCAGCUGGAGCGCGAGGGAAUCUUCCUGGAGGACACCGCCUGUUUCUACCUGAGUGAGAUCACGCUGGCACUGGGCCACUUGCACUCCCAUGGCAUCAUCUACCGCGACCUCAAGCCGGAGAACAUCAUGCUCAACAGCCAAGGCCACAUCAAGCUGACGGACUUCGGGCUGUGCAAGGAGUCCAUCCACGACGGGGCCGUCACCCACACCUUCUGCGGCACCAUUGAGUACAUGGCCCCCGAGAUCCUGGUGCGCAGCGGGCACAACCGGGCAGUGGACUGGUGGAGCCUGGGCGCCUUGAUGUACGACAUGCUCACAGGAUCGCCGCCCUUCACCGCUGAGAACCGCAAGAAGACCAUUGAUAAGAUCCUCAAGGGCAAGUUGGUGUUGCCUCCGUAUCUGACACCCGACGCACGGGACCUCCUCAAGAAGUUCCUCAGGAGAAACCCCAACCAACGGGUUGGGGGGGGCCCUGGUGAUGCGGCCGAUGUGCAGAAGCAGCCCUUCUUCCGCCACAUCAACUGGGAUGACCUGCUGGCCCGCAGGCUGGACCCCCCCUUCAAACCAUGCCUGCAAUCAGAGGAGGAUGUGAGCCAGUUUGACACCCGCUUCACCCGCCAGACGCCCGUCGACAGCCCCGAUGAUGCUGCCAUCAGUGAAAGUGCCAACCAGGCCUUCCUGGGCUUCACCUACGUGGCCCCCUCGGUGCUGGAGAGCAUCAAGGAGGGGUUCUCCUUCCAGCCCAAGGUGCGCUCCCCACGUCGCCUCAACAGCAGCCCCCGAACCCCCGUCAGCCCUGUGAAGUUCUCCCCCUUCGACGCCUUCAAGCCGGGGGCAACGGGGGAGCCAAUGGAGCUGGGGCCCAGCCUGCCCCCCCCACCCGAGGGCACAGCCCCGCUGCCCAUCAAGCCUUCAGGGGGCACCAAGAAGCAGAAGGGGGGGCGCGGGCGGGUGCCCAGGUAG